AUGGACCAGUACGAGCGGAUGAAGUUUGCCGUUCGAAACGACGAGUUUAUGGAAGUAUUGGAUCUCCUAAACGAAGGUGCAAAACCAACAAUGACCGAUUUCGUCCAGGCCAUUCAAAACAAAUCCUUCCCGAUCCUCGAGCUGUUUCUGAACGAUGGAUUUGACAUCAACAAGCAAGUGAGGGGCGACUAUCCUCCUCCGCUGUCCUACGCCUUGGAUGACAUGGAGACCACGAAAUGGAUGAUCGCUCAUGGCGCCCUCCCCAAUGCACGCUGCGAGACUGGAAAUACUGAAUAUCUAUUCGACGCGGGUGCUUCUGUCAAGUUCGGCCAGCCUCUUCAUUUCGCCGUACGGCACCAGCGCCCGCAAGCAACUAUCCAACUUUUGCUAAACAAGGGCGCCUCGAUCAAUCAAGUGAUGUUCAGCAAUCAUUCUGCUUCGUAUCUCCAAUUUGAAUGCCUAGGGGUCGGCGCUCCGCUGCACGAAGCUGCAAAAUCAAAGAACAAAGGUCUGAUCAAACUGUUACUAGCGAACGGUGCAGAUCCGUCGAUUCCAGAUUCGCGAGGCAAGCUUCCGGAACUGUGA